UCCCAGUUCCCGUUGUCCCCUGCGACACCUCCGAGGCGCAGGCGCGUCACCUCCGUUGUCCCCUGUGCCACCUCCGGGGCGCAGGCGUGUGACACUUCCGCCACCCCCCAGGCCCGGCCAGGCCCCACUGCCGGCGCUGACCGCUCCAGGAGGUCCACCAGGCCCACCGGAUCUUCUCCAGCCGUGGGUGAAGCAGGAGAAGGAGCCCAUCGGGAUCACCCGGACGUGGCAGUGGGACAGGGACCGACGUCUGUCACUUGUCACCGGUGGUGGCCCCACGGGGCCCCAGCGCCUCCGGUUCCUCCCUUUCCUGGGGGGCAGGGACCCCCUGCGCCGUGGGAGGUGCCCCAGCAGUGGUUGGAGGUGCUGGAGGUUUGUCCAGAGGUCAUCCAGGGGCCAUCCAGUGGUCAUCCAUUGGUCAUCCAGGGGUCAUCCAGUGGUCAUCCACUGGUCAUCCAGAGGUCAUCCAGGGGUCAUCCAGGGGUCAUCCAGUGGUUCCUCACUGGCUGUGGUCCUGCUGAGGUCACACAAGGCAGGGCCUCAGCUGGUGCUGCUCUGGACAGGAGUGGUGACACUGGGAUUUCACCUCCACCAAGAACUCAUCUCCACGAGGAUCUCAUCUCCAUCGGGAUCUCAUCUCCACUGGGAUCUCACUUCCACCAGGAUCUCACCUCCAUCGGGAUCUCACCUCCACCAGGAUCUCACCUCCACCGGGAUCUCACCUCCAUUGGAAUCUCAUCUCCACCAGGAUCUCACCUCCACCAGGAUCUCACCUCCACUGGGAUCCCAUCUCCAUCAGCUCCUGGCCAGAAGUUGAUGGUUGGAUCCUCUUCCACCAGCUCCCCCACAGAAUUGUAUCCUGCCAGGACCCACCUCCAUCAGUUCUUCCACAGGAGUUGAUCCCACCAGGACCCAAUUUUGUUGAAGUUCAUCGCACCAGGACCCACCUCCACCAGCUCCUCCACAGAAGUUCAUCCCAGCAGGACCCACCACCACCAGUUCUUCCACAGAAGUUCAUCCCGCCAGGACCCACCUCCACAGAAGUUCACCCCAGCAGGACCCACCUCCACCAGCUCGUCCCCGUGUCCCCAUGGAGGUGUGGCGCCAGUGUGCCCACUGGCUGGUGGCCGCGCGCGUCCUGCCCGCGGGCCACCGGGCCAGCAGCCCCGGGGGACAGGUGUGGGACCUGGCGCAGGCGCUGCGGGACGGGGUCCUGCUGUGCCACCUCCUCAACGCCCUCCUGCCCCGCGCGGUGCCGCCCCGGGACAUCUGUCCCCGGCCCCAGAUGUCACAGUUCCUGUGCCUGAGGAACAUCCGCACCUUCCUGACCGCCUGCACCGACAAAUUCGGGCUCCCCAAGCACCGGCUCUUCGGUGCCUUCGACCUCUUCGAUGUCCAGGACUUCGGCAAGGUGAUUGAGACGCUCUCAACGCUCUCCUGGACCCCCAUCGCGCAGAGCAAAGGACUCACGCCAUUCCCGUCCGAGGACAGCGUUGGGGACGAUGACAUUUACAGCGGCCUCUCCGACGUCAUCGACGACACGGCCGAGGAGGACGAUGACCUCUACGACUGCGUGGAGGCCGAAGGGGACGAUGGCGAUGACGUCUACGAGGACCUGAUGAGGGUCGAGCCCCCCCCGGCCACGAAGGGGGGCGUGGACCGGCGGCUCUGCUGCCUCCAGGAGCUGCGGCAGACAGAGGAGAGGUACACGGAGACCCUGGAGUCCAUCUGCCAGCAAUUCCUGCGGCCGCUGCGGCACUUCCUGAGCCCCCAGGACAUGGAGAACAUCUUCAUCAACGUGGAGGAGCUGCUGGAGCUGCACCGGCGCUUCCUGGGGGAGCUGCGGGGGGCGCUGGGGGGGCCCGGGGGGGGGCGGGCGCUGCCCCCCCUGUUCCUGCAGUACAAGGAGAGGUUCCUCCUCUACGGCCGCUACUGCAGCCAGGUGGAAGCGGCCGCGCGGCGCCUGGACCAGCUCUCCUCCUGCACCGACCUGCGCAUGAAGCUCCAGGAGUGCUCCCAGCGCGCCAACAACGGGCGCUUCUCGCUGCGGGACCUGCUGAUGGUGCCCAUGCAGAGGGUGCUGAAAUACCACCUGCUGCUCCAGGAGCUGGUGAAGCUGACCCCGGACGCGGCCGAGCGGGAGCGGCUGCGGGGGGCGCUGGACGCCAUGAGGGACCUGGCGCAGUGCGUGAACGAGGUCAAGCGGGACAACGAGACCCUCAAGCAGCUCACGAGCAUCCAGCUGUGCCUGCACAACAUGACGCAGUCCCUGGCGCAGUUUGGGCGCCCCAAGAUCGAUGGGGAGAUGAAGGUCUCCAGCGCCGCCGAGAAACGCUCCAAGGUGGACAGGUACGGCUUCCUGCUGGACAAGGCCCUGAUCAUCUGCAAGCGCCGCGGGGACUCCUAUGAGACCAAGGAUGUGGUGGACCUCCAGAGCCACCAGCUGCACGAUGGUGGCCUCGGACCCCGCGAUGGCAAGAAGUGGUCCCACACCUUCACGCUGCUGGACGCGGCCGGGCUGCCGGACUACGAGCUCUUCUUCAAGACGAGCGAGCUGAAAAAGAAGUGGCUGGAGCAGUUUGAGAUGGCCCUGUCCAACAUCUUCCCCGAGCACGCCCUGGCUGAUGGACACGACUUCCAGAUGUUCUCCUUUGAGGACACCACGUCCUGCAAGGCCUGCCAGAUGUUGCUGAGGGGCACCUUCUACCAGGGCUAUCGCUGCAGCCGCUGCCGAGCCCCCGCCCACAAGGAGUGCCUGGGGCGCGUGGGGACCUGCGGGAAGGCUGGAACUGAUCCUGGAGCAGGCGCACGGAAGAACAAAUCGGAGCGGCCGGGACCCGACAAGAAACGGGGGGAGCUGGGACUCCCCAAAAUGGAGAGCACCCAGGGGUACAUCGGGGUGCCCCCCCCCCCGGGGGUCCUGGCCCCCCCCCUGCGCCUCAGCCCCGGUGACGUCAUCGAGGUGACAGCGGCCGAGGCCGAGGAGCUCUGGUGGCAGGGUCGGAACGUGGCCAGCGGGGAGCUGGGCUGGUUCCCCCGAAGCGUCGUCAAACCGUUCGUGUCCGCGCCGCUGCCGGAUCUCUCCGUCUACCCGUGGUUCGGGGGGCCCCUGGAGCGCGCGGGGGCCGAGCAGGCGCUGUCCCUCCGCUCCGACGGCGCCUUCCUGGUGCGGCAGCGGCUCCGCGAGCCCGGGGACUUCGCCAUCAGCAUCAAGUUCCGCGGGCAGGUGAAGCACAUCAAGGUGACGGCGAGCGAGGGGCUCUACAGAGUGACCGAGAGGAAAGCCUUCAAGGGGCUCGUGGAGCUGGUGGAGUUCUACCGGCGGAACUCGCUGCGGGAUUGCUUCAAGGCGCUGGACACGACCCUGGCCGUGCCCUACAGGGACCCCGAGAGCCGCGCGGGACCCCGAGAGCUCGGUGCCAGCCGCAGCUUCGGCUCGGCCAAGGCCCGUUACGCCUUCAGCGCGCGGGACCGGACGGAGCUGUCGCUGCGGGAAGGGGACAUCGUGCGCGUGCUCAGCAAGAGGGGACAGCCGGGCUGGUGGAAAGGGGAGAUCUACGGCCGGGUCGGUUGGUUUCCCGCCAAUUACGUGGAGGAGGAUUUUUCGGAUUAUUGCUGAUUUUGGGGAUUAUCGCUGAUUUUGGGGACACCCCGAAAGCGGCGCCACCCCCGAAGAUGUCCCCAAUGUCCCCAAAGAUGUCCCCAAAGAUA